UAAACAGAGUACGGUACAUAAUACUUGGAAAAUUGGAUGUUGUAAAAAAUACAACACGCAACUGCUCGUGUGAUUGAGUAGGGCGCGACUACCGGAAGGUUAAAGUAUAGGAAUCAAUUUUCAAUAAUCAACAUUUUCUUCAUUCAAUUUCAGUUUUGACGCUACUAAUUGUGAGUACAAUAUGGAUGAAUGUGCUUUCAUCGGAAAGAUUAUUGAUCAGUGGGCUACUAUUCUUGACCCAAUACAUUUACAUGGAGUACUUCAUGUUCAUACUACAAGCACCAACAAUAACCACUCCAUACAUAGCACGCUUUCACAAAUACUUGCUUCUCUUGAAUGGCUUUAUGAUUGUAUGGACUGUCAUCACUCGAGUGAUUGCUGAUAUGACCUAUGAAAACCACUACGUUAUACUAUUUGUCAAGUGGGUGCGGAAUAAGCCUUAUUUAUAUUUUUUCAUAAUGGACAGUUCGGACAUAAAGCCAGACGCAUUAGAAAAUGAUGGACUAGAGACAUCCCAUUUUUUGUCGAUCGUUACGAAAAAACAAGAGCAAUUGAGACUCUGCAUCCAGUUUUUGGACAGAAUUUUAUGUUUAAUUUUUUCAUUUUUGGUUGUAGCACUGAUGAUUUCUUACUAUCCGGUCAUUUGAAUUCAUUUUAACAGAAUAAACUUGUUUAUCAUGUAAAAUUCAAAAUCGAUAAUUGAAUUUGAAAUAAUUGUUUUUUAUCCGUUAUUUAUUUAUAAUGCACUUUUAUUCUAUUGUGAGGUCCACGUUAUAAUUGCAGUGGAUAAAGAUAGAAGAAUAGCGAUGCCGAUUCUCUGCAUUAAUUAAUAAUAUUUCUACACUGUCAAAAACAUAAUUGGCAUCGUUGUGGACCUAGAAAAAGAUAGUACCACCGGCUUUGUCGAAUGAUAGACAAGGAUAGCAAUACCAAAGUUGAUCAAAUACUGUCAUUAUAACGUGGACCUCACUAUAGUUGAUUUCCAUUCUAAAGCUUAAAAUAGAUUCGCCUCUUCUAUUAAAGAUGUAAUAAAAGUUCGAAAAUAUUA